UUUUUGAUGAUUGUUUCUUAGCUUUGAAACUUGAAUUUGAUCUUCUUAUUAUGUUUUAGUAAUGAACUUCUGAUGAGCUUUAGCUUAUGAUUUUAUAUUUUUUCUUUGAAGGCUGAUGUUUGGUUUGAGCACAGGUAUUGAAUAGGAAUGUCUAUUUGAUUGAGAACAUUUCUGUAUCCAAAACACUCAGCAUUCGAGAGGUUUGGGGAAUACAAAAUUCGUGGAAAUCAUUUCCAAAUUUUGAUUUUCUUAUUUUACAGCUUUGUGGAUUCAAGUCAUCCAAGUGGUGAUGUUCUUGUAAUCCAUCGACUAUUUUCUCCAUUGCUUCAUUAAUUUAUUACACAAUCUGUGAUCGUCAAUGCAGAUUUCAUCAAAAGAUUACGACCAUCUGACUGGGUAGUGAGGCUAUGAAUAAAUACAUCAUUAGGAUCGUAUUUGAUGACCUCGAAUAAAAAUCUUUCCAGUUGAUUUUUUCUACAUUUUACAUCAUGCAUUCAUAAUUACAGUGAAUAUUGCAAUACAUACUCAUUGAAUAGUUUUAUGGAUAUCUUAGUCGCAGCUUUUAGAUCUUCAGACAUUCCCUCAAUCUUUAGAAAUAAGUUUGAGAUGUCUAACAUUUAAUUUACUUUAUAAAUAUGGAUCAUCUUGAAGCAUCAACAGUUUAAAAAAAUAGUCAAGAUUAGAAGCUCCUGGAGGAAUACGGCAUGCUUCCUUCUCUCCUCAUUGGCUGGUUCCUCAAUUUGGCAAGUUUUGUAGCUGCAGGAAGAAACUAUGGCAUCAUCCCUUCUCCUAGCAACAGCGUCGUCGUGGUGACAUUCUUGAGAGGCUGUAUGAGGUGUGAUGCAGAUAAAUGGCGCAAGGAUGGGAUUGGGUGUCGAUGGUUUAUUACCACCUCUGCACAGACCAGUCAUCGAAUUUCCCCAGUCUAUAAACGAGCCAUGAAUGGAGCUAAGAGAAUCCUCAGCCGUUGCCGGUUCGCGAAUCCUCUAAGGUCGCCGCAGAUCUCCAAAUAUCGCUCUACACCAAAGCAGGUAACUCACUGUUAUCAUUUCUACACUUUUUCUCCAUCGAGAAUCCCUACUUUAAUCGAUUCGAACGCCGCCCUACCUGGACGCCGGAAUCAUUUCUUCUCGUCGUCGCCGGAAUCGCUUGUCGAUAUUUUCUCAUCCGAUGAUUGGUCGAGUAAGCUGGACGAACACCUCGAAUCUUCAAAAUUAGGGCUGAAUCACGAAACCGUGAUUUACGUAUUGAAGAAACUGUCGAACGAUCCGCGAAAGGCUUCGGAAUUCUUCGGAUGGGCGGUAGAUAAGAACGGAUUCGAGCCUAGCUCCUCGAUUUAUAGCUUGAUGCUUAGGAUAUACGCCAGGAAGGAUUUCAUGAAGGAAUUUUGGGUGACGAUUAAGGAAAUGAAGGAGAAAGGGUUUUACAUCGAUGAGGAGACAUUUAAGUCGAUCUUCGCCAUUUUCAGAGGCUUGAAAAUGGAGGCUGAUGCAACUGCUCUGAAGCAUUUCUUCCAAAGGUUGAUUGCAGAAAAUGCUAUGGAGGAUUGCGUUAAGCAAGUCGUCGAAACGAUUCGAUUCUCCGAAUGGGGAGUAGAUGUCGAAAACAAAUUGGAGGCGAUGCAUUUUGUCGUUUCGGAUAAUUUUGUUCUUAGAGUGUUGAAGGAGCUUCGAUCGAAAGGAUGUUCUUCGAAGGCAUACAGUUUCUUCAAGUGGAUUGAAAAUCGUUUAGGCUAUAAACACGAUAGCGUUACGUAUAACGGUGUAUUGAGAGUGCUUUGUUGGGAGGAUUCGAUCGAUCGAUUUUGGGUCGUUUUGGACGAGAUGACGAACGCCGGAUUUGAAAUCGAUUUCGAUACGUACGUAAAGGUUUCGCGGCAGCUUCAGAAGAACAAAAUGCUGCAUGAAUCGGUGAGGCUAUACGAGCACAUGAUGAACGGAUCGUAUAAACCAUCGUUAAAGGAAUGCAACGUACUAUUACGUACACUCGCAACGCACUCGAAUCCGGAUCUCGAUUUGGUUUACAGAGUUGUGAAUAAGUUUGAGGAAUCGGGAAAUUCAUUAUCGAAGCAUAUCUACGACGGGAUUCAUCGAUCGCUGACGAGCCUCGGGAAGUUCGCCGAGGCGGAGAUAAUCGUCGCGACGAUGAGGAAUGCGGGAUUCGAACCCGACAACAUUACCUAUAGCCAAUCGGUGUUCGGGCUUUGCAAGGCGAAGCGUUUCGCCGACGCCCGCAAAAUCGUCGACUCGAUGACGGGAUGUGAUCCCGACAUCAAGACGUGGACGAUUUUAAUCAAAGGGCAUUGCGACGGCGGCGAGAUCGACGGCGCGGUGCUCUGUUUCGGGAGGAUGAUAGAGGCGGGGUGCGAUCCCGACGCGGACGUUCUCGACGUUCUCGUAAACGGGUUUUUGAGUCGAGGGAGGACGUCGGGGGCACGGGAAUUGAUCGUCGAGCUGGCGGGGGGGCUCCGGGUGGCGCCGUGGCAGUCGACAUUCAAGAAGGUGAUCGGAAAAUUGCUGGCGGAGAGGAAAUUGGAGGAGGCGACGGAGGUGCUGCGGGUGAUGAAGAAGCAGAAGUAUCCGGCGUAUACGGAGCCGUUUGUGGAGUAUGUUUGUAAGUAUGGGACGGUGGCGGAGGCCAGGGAGGUGCUGGCGGCGAUGGGCGGCGGGAGUAAGUUUCCGGCGGUGGCGGCGUACCGGAAUGUGUUGGGGGGGUUGGUUAAGGAGGGGAGGCUGUCGGAGGCUAAUGAUUUGUUGUUUAAAUGCCCACACCAUAUUCGUAAGCAUCCUUCUGUCAUUGAGAUUUUUGGCUCUGCUGCUAAAUUAAAUAGAACUUAGGGAUUUUUGUUUAAUCCCUUUAGGUGUUAAAAUUUUUGGAGUAUUUCUUUUUAAGUGAAGAAAUGGUUU